GCUUUUUUUAAAAUUAAAAAACUAUUGUCACGUCCUUUCGCAGUCUAAAGCUUGCCCUAAAGAAGAAAAUAAUUCACUGACAUUGUUACACUAAAAAACAUCUUUUUAUCAAUAAUGAAGAUUGUAUAGAUAACAAAAAAAAUUAAAUUUGCGUGAAUAUUUGCAGGCGAUGAACAGUAUUUACAAAUAAAUUCAAUUAUUAUUUAACUAUGCAUUCGAACUUUCUGUUCAGUGAGAACUGUACACCACAUCUUGGAAAUGAUCAGCGAAAAAUUGACACAGAGGGAGGAAUUGGAAGUAGGCAAUACGUUUAUGAUAAAAACGACUUUAAUGCAAAUCAAAAUCAGAAUUCACAUAAUUCAACAAAUUAUACAUCUGAUGACAGUAGUCAAUCAACUUGUUUCACUGUAUCAAUAAUCUAUUCAGAUAAAUCAUCAUUAAGUGAUAGUAGUACAAAAGAGAAGAAGACGAAAAAGGGAUGGUUUGGAAAGAAGACAAAUAAGGAGCCAAAAAUUAAAAAUCAAAAUGACAAAAAGAAAAAGAAUCAGGACAAGGCAGUACGUCGUCUUCAAACUAUUCUACCAAACAAUUCAACGAUAACAGUAUGUAUGGACGAUGCUACACAAACUUCAUUAAGGGAGGAAUUUACCUAUGGAAACGUUAUUAGACCGACAAACUUAUCUUUUUCUCAAGACAAUAAGGUUUGUCCAUGUAGAGUAUAUAAAUACAUCGGAGAGUUUGAUAUUAACCCGUCUAAUAUACGUAGAACAGCUUCCCAACAAGAUAAGUUAUACUUAUAUGAUAUGUCAUCAUGUUCAUCAAAAACGGAGCGUAAUACAAGUUGUUCUAAAGAAUUUCCAAUCUAUCCACAUACAGAUAUCUGUCAACAUAAUAAUACUACAUUAUUAAAUUAUAAUCAUUUUAAUAAUCUGCCUACAACACAUAAUUAUUUACAACAACAAAAUACAAAUGAAUUAUCUUUGAGCGAAGAUGAAAAUUUAGUAAAAUUAUCAGCUAUUAAAGACAACGGCAUAAAUAAUGAAUAUAUAAGUAGCAAUGAUGACGAUGAAAGAAAUGAUUACUUACAAAAGCACUCAACAGUAGAGGAACCAGUGUGUACCUAUUCUAAUGAAGAAUCAAAAGAUACACAUUUUCAUACUUUACCAACCUUACUCUCAAACUCUAAUUUAUUUUUAUCUAAAUAUGAAAUGGGUCCUGUGAUUGGUAAAGGUGGUUUUGGUUAUGUAAGAUCUGGGCGUCGUUUAAAAGAUGGUAAACCGGUUGUAGUUAAAAUAUUACGUAAAAAUCGAAUAGAUAAUGAUAAUAUGAUAACAGUGCCAUCAUCACAGUUAAUUAUAGAAGAUAGUGAAUUAUCUCACAUAUUUGUUAAAAGGAAUACAGUGAAUCUAUUUAACAGUAAUGAAGAUCAUCACAUUAAUGAAGAUGGUAAUGAUGAUGACGAUAAUGAUAAAAAUGAUAUUACCACUAAUUUAUGUCAUAUACCUCAAGAAAUAUGGAUAUUAUGUCAACUUAAACAUCCAGCAAUUGUACGUCUAUUAGAUUGGGCAAAUGAAGAUAUUAAAGCGUAUCAUCUUGUUAUGGAAUCACAUGGUAUUGGUAUGGAUUUAUUCGAAUUUAUAGAAAGGCAACCAAAGCUUGAUGAACCACUGACUAGUUAUAUGUUUAGACAGCUCGUGUCAGCUGUAAACUAUCUUCAUCAAUUAAAUAUCGCUCAUCGUGAUAUAAAAGAUGAAAAUAUUAUAAUUGAUGAUUUAUUUCAUUUAAAAUUAAUUGAUUUUGGUUCUGCUAUACAAGUAUUACCUGGAGAGAUUAGAAUGGAUAUUUCAGGGACAAUAGAAUUUUGCAGUCCAGAAGUUCUUCUUGGUAAAGGAUAUAAUCCAAUGGGUGUUGAUAUUUGGGCGUUAGGCAUAACAUUGUAUACACUUGUUUUCGGUGAAAAUCCUUUUCUUGAUAAAAAUGAUAUACAAAUAGGAAAUUUACAGAUACCUUAUAAAUUCUUAUCAGAUUCCUUAUUACAUGUAUUCUUGUGCACAUUAGAACCAAAUCCAUUGUUAAGAAUAACAGCUAGCGAAUUAGAAUGCUUGUCAUGGGUAAAACAGUCUGUAAAUCCAGAAAAUUAUAAAUUUAAUGAAAUUAUUCAAAAUCAGUCCUUUUCUGGUAAUAUUACAUGUGACUAUCGUGCCAACAGUUCAGAUUAUUCCAUUUAAAAUUUAUCAAAAAACUGGCCACUGCAGAAUAAAUGAAAGUACCAUUACGAAGAUGGCAAUGAAGGCGACUAUCAUGACGAACCACAAAGACAAGAAUGAUGAUCAUAUGCUGCUACAAAUGACUAUCAUUGAUUUUAUUUUAAUUUAAAUAAUAAUUAAAUAAUUAUUGGCAUAAAUACACAUACAGACAAUAUGCAAAACAUAAUUCCUCAUAAUUUCUUUUAUGCAUAUUUUACCAAAUACAAAAACAGACAACAGAGUAAACUUUCUUUUUUUUAUUUCUA